AUGCGUAGGUUUCCUCGAGAGCUUCUAGUGGUUAAGCCUUUUUUUCGGUACCGUUGUAUGCAUACGUUACCGGAUCUACCUUAUGAUUACGAUGCCCUCGAACCAGUUAUAUCAAGCGAAAUUAUGAAAAUUCACCAUGCAAAGCAUCAUAAAGCUUAUGUUGACAAUUUAAAUAAGGCGGAAGAAGGUUUGCAAAAGGCCCUCUCUGAAAAGGAUGUCUCUUCUCAAAUAGCAUUCCACAAUGCACUAAAAUUUAAUGGCGGAGGACAUCUUAAUCACUCCAUAUUUUGGAAUAAUCUAGCGCCAAAGUCUCGAGGUGGGGGCUAUUUAAAUAAUGGGCAGCUCAAGACUCAAAUUGAGAAGCAGUUCUCUUCCUUUGCUAAAUUUAAAGAAGUUUUCUCCUCUCAAGCUGUUGCAAUCAAAGGUUCGGGCUGGGCUUGGUUGGGAUAUGACACAAGAACAAAGAAUCUUGCUCUUGCUACUUGCCAAAAUCAGGAUCCUCUCCUUGCUACGGUCGGCUUGAUACCUUUACUGGGCGUGGAUGUUUGGGAGCAUGCCUAUUACUUGCAGUACAAGAACGAGCGGCCCAAGUACGUAGAUGCAAUUUGGGAGAUCGUGAACUGGAAGAAUGUCGAAGAGAGCUAUCAAAAAGCAGUGGAGUUUUCAAAUUAAUUUAUUUUAUUUUAUGGAGCAACCUAAUA